GGUGGAGAAGAGGGAAAGGGAGAGUGAGAGAGAGAGCGAGCGAGCGACGGGACCGGGAGGAAAGAGAAAUAAAGAGGAGCGGAGGGAAGGGAAGUGAGUUUGCGCGCGUGAGUGAGUGUGCGUGUGCGUGUGAGUGUGCAGGGGCGGGCGCGGGCGGGCGGGGGGCGGGCUCCCGGGCUCCCCUCCUCCCCAGCCCGCUCGUCUCGCUCGCUCGCCAACUCCGGGCCCCAGCCGCGGGCGGGCGGACGGCGGGCGGACAGCAUGCUGAGCCUCCUCGUUUGGAUCCUCACUCUCUCCGAUACUUUCUCCCAAGGGACCCAGACCCGCUUCAGCCAGGAGCCAGCCGACCAGACUGUGGUGGCUGGACAGCGGGCCGUGCUCCCCUGCGUGCUGCUCAACUACUCGGGGAUCGUGCAAUGGACCAAGGAUGGGCUGGCGCUGGGCAUGGGCCAGGGCCUCAAAGCCUGGCCACGGUACCGGGUCGUGGGCUCUGCAGACGCCGGGCAGUACAACCUGGAGAUCACAGAUGCCGAGCUCUCUGAUGACGCCUCUUACGAGUGCCAGGCCACGGAGGCCGCCCUGCGCUCCCGGCGAGCGAAACUCACCGUGCUCAUCCCCCCGGAGGACACCAGGAUCGAUGGCGGUCCUGUGAUUCUGCUGCAGGCAGGCGCCCCCCACAACCUCACGUGCCGAGCCUUCAACGCCAAGCCUGCUGCCACCAUCAUCUGGUUCCGGGAUGGGACGCAGCAGGAGGGCGCCGUAGCCAGCACGGAACUGCUGAAGGAUGGGAAGAGGGAGACCACCAUCAGCCAGCUGCUCAUCAACCCCACAGACCUGGAUAUCGGGCGUGUCUUCACCUGCCGCAGCGUGAACGAGGCCAUCCCGAGCGGCAAGGAGACGUCCAUCGAGCUCGACGUGCACCACCCUCCUACGGUGACCCUGUCCAUUGAGCCACAGACGGUGCAGGAGGGCGAGCGCGUCGUCUUUACGUGCCAGGCCACAGCCAACCCUGAGAUCCUGGGCUACAGGUGGGCCAAGGGGGGCUUUCUGAUCGAAGACGCCCACGAGAGUCGCUAUGAGACGAAUGUUGAUUAUUCCUUCUUCACGGAGCCUGUGUCCUGUGAGGUUUACAACAAAGUGGGAAGCACCAAUGUCAGCACUUUAGUCAAUGUCCACUUUGCUCCCCGGAUUGUAGUGGACCCCAAACCCACGACCACAGACAUUGGCUCUGAUGUGACCCUCACCUGUGUCUGGGUUGGGAAUCCCCCCCUCACCCUCACCUGGACCAAAAAGGACUCAAACAUGGGGCCCAGGCCUCCUGGCUCCCCACCCGAGGCUGCUCUCUCUGCCCAGGUCCUGAGUAACAGCAACCAGCUGCUGCUGAAGUCGGUGACCCAGGCCGAUGCCGGCACCUACACCUGCCGGGCCAUCGUGCCUCGGAUCGGAGUGGCCGAGCGGGAGGUGCCGCUUUAUGUGAAUGGGCCCCCCAUUAUCUCCAGCGAGGCCGUGCAGUACGCCGUCAGGGGUGAUGGUGGCAAGGUGGAGUGUUUCAUCGGGAGCACGCCACCCCCAGACCGCAUUGCAUGGGCAUGGAAGGAGAACUUCCUGGAGGUGGGGACCCUGGAGCGCUACACGGUGGAGAGGACCAACUCAGGCAGCGGGGUCCUGUCCACGCUCACCAUCAACAACGUCAUGGAGGCCGACUUUCAGACCCACUACAACUGCACAGCCUGGAACAGCUUCGGCCCAGGCACAGCCAUCAUCCAGCUGGAAGAGCGAGAGGUGUUACCUGUGGGCAUCAUCGCCGGGGCCACCAUCGGCGCAGGCACCCUGCUCACCUUCUUCUUCAUCGCCUUGGUGUUCUUCCUCUACCGGCGCCGCAAAGGCAGUCGCAAAGACGUGACCCUGAGAAAGCUGGACAUCAAGGUGGAGACAGUGAACCGGGAGCCACUCACCAUGCAUUCGGACCGGGAGGACGAUGCUGCCAGCGUCUCCACGGCAACCCGUGUCAUGAAGGCCAUCUACUCCUCCUUCAAGGAUGACGUGGACCUGAAGCAGGACCUGCGCUGUGACACCAUCGACACCCGGGAGGAGUAUGAGAUGAAGGAUCCCACCAAUGGCUACUACAAUGUGCGUGCCCACGAAGACCGCCCGUCUUCCAGGGCAGUGCUCUAUGCUGACUACCGUGCCCCCGGCCCUGCCCGCUUCGACGGCCGCCCCUCUUCCCGCCUCUCCCACUCCAGCGGCUAUGCCCAGCUCAACACCUACAGCCGGGCCCCGGCCUCUGACUACGGCCCUGAGCCCACACCCCCAGGUCCUGCUGCCCCAGCUGGCACCGACACCACCAGCCAGCUGUCCUACGAGAACUAUGAGAAGUUCAAUUCCCAUCCCUUCCCCGGGGCAGCAGGGUACCCCACCUACCGACUGGGCUACCCCCAGGGCCCUCCGUCCGGCCUGGAGCGGACCCCGUAUGAGGCAUAUGACCCCAUUGGCAAGUACGCCACUGCCACGCGAUUCUCCUACACCUCCCAGCACUCGGACUACGGCCAGAGAUUCCAGCAGCGCAUGCAGACGCACGUGUAGGGCUAGAGCCUGGCCGGGGCAUCUCUGCGGGGCAGAGGAGAAGGCUCUCACAGCUGUUCCCUGAUAUUCAGGGGCAUUGCUCGUUGUUGCUCCCGUCCUGGACCAGCCUUCCUUCUCCCACCGUGGCAGGCGGGGAGCAGGUCUCCCGGAAACACCCCGUCCCAAGGAUGGUGCUCUGUGCAUGCCCCAGCCUCCUGGGCCUGCCCUUCCCUCUUCUUCGGGAGGAUGUGUCUCUUCUGACCUGCACUCUCGCCUGGCCCCAGCCUGGGGACGGGGAAAGUGAAGGUUGCGGAGAGCAGAGGGGGCACUUUUUAGCGUUCCCUUUCUAUCCCACCCCUCUGAUCUCCCGUGAGUAGACAGGGGGUCAUGUGGAGAUGAACAGGCUUUGGCCCAGGGGGCAUGAAGUGUAGGGGUGGGUGGCUGUGGUACAGAUAGGUGGAAGUGGGAUAGCCUGGCCAGUCCAUCUGUCGUCUGCGUUCAUACCUUGGAUGCAUCUCUCCCACCUUGGGACUGCAGAAAGGACCUUGGAUUUAUUUUAGUCCUGGCACCGAGUUCAGAUCCAGCCCUCCUUCAGCUGGCAGUAAAGUGCCAGUCGUCCUGGCCGCCCAUGGGGACACCUGUCUGUCUGCCUGCAGAGGGAUCCAGGUAUGUCCCGUAGUGCUGCCCCCUUUUGCUUCUCUUCUGUGCUGGGCCGGCCAGAUAAGCCAGGGGGUCGUGAUGAAGAAGGAAAGGUCAGGAACCAUGUCCUGAGUCACUAGCCAGACAGCAGGGUGCUAUAUAGCAGUUUCCAGAACCCACGCUAGAGUGAGCCCCCCCAAGCCCCCUCCCCUCCCCAGUCUGCCCCACUUCCUGGCUUUAACUCUCUAGCAUGCCUGGGGAGUGGUGAGGUGAGGGUGGGAGUGCUCUAGGCUCUUUUUCAAAGACAACAAAAAACAAUAAACACCUCAUUUGGAGAAAAAAAGCAAAAAAAAGCUGUAGGGAGUCCCCCGCCCAAAUACAAGUCCCAGUGGAAAGGAAAGGGGACAUCUGUUCUUCACCAGAUUCCCAACACCUUCCAUUACUCUUUCAAUCUCGAAGCACUUUGAAUCCAUUUUUAAACAUUCAGGCGGUGAGACCUGUCAUCCGAUGGGCCCUGAUAGGACAGGGAGGGGGCCUGGCUGUCAUGCUCUGCUGUCCUACCCUAGGGCCAACCAGCUGGUUAGAGAGGCCACCUUCCCGGGGCCAUGGGAGAUGUUCUCUUUAGACGGGUUUUGGUUUGUUAAGCGUCUGUUUUUUUCUUGGACCAAUCAGAUUCCUUCUUCCAGUUUCAGUGCCUUGAGUGUCCAGCUUUGGUUGACCGGCCCUGGGUGGGUGGCUGCGCAGGGAGCCGGUAUUGUGAGCGCACACUCACUGCCAAGUGUUGCAGAGUUUAGGGGACAGACGGGUGAGGGGGCCUGGUAAGAGGAAGGGCGGACCUGGUAAGGUCACGCGGAAGGGCGCUGCAGGCAGCCACGGCCCAGGUGGCCCCCCACGCCCACCCUCACCUCCAUCUACACACGUGCACGCACGCCUGCACAUGCAUUCCACAUUCUCAGCCGCCACCUCCUGACCAAAGAGAACCGGCGCUCCAAAGAGAACUCACUCCCCUGCCCCGGCCUCCCCUUCCCAAGAAGCAGGCUCUGCUCUUCCCCUUGCUGGGCCCUGAGCGGGCGGGUCCUCUGUUGCAAUCCCCAGAAUGCGCUUUGCCCUUUCUCGUGGUCGCCGUUCAUUAGUCAUGUUCGCUUUAAUGAGUUACAUGCCCAUCAGUCACGGGCCAUCGCCACCUUUGCCGAUGGCUCUGUGGGGUGACAUUCCUCGCCAUCCCUUGGCUGGUAAGGACCCGCUCAUACCCAGGAAGAAAGUAGUUCCAGUUCCAGCCUCUCAAACUGCCUCUGCAUCCUCCUCCACUUCACCGGGGGCAAGUCCCCAGGACCGGCCCUUCCAGAGGCAUCACACAGGCUCCCAGCGCUAUUCCACCCUCACCCCUGGAAGCUGACUCCUUCCUGCGGAUUCCUUUUCUGUGAGCUCAGUGACAAGGUCUGUUAAGGGUGCAGGUUCCUGUGCAAAUUCAUGCAUGUUUUGAUGAUUUUCACAGAAGCCAUGGGUAAUCUAAACAGUUAAAAUCUAAAGAUGGUGGCUUUUUAAACAGGAAUAUUCCAAAAGACAUUUACUUUUGUUAGGGGUUUGGCCACAUUCGCUUGUUUACUCCUUCUUGGUUUUAGUGCUGGGUCCAUUCCGUUGAUGGAGAGGAGGAGGCCCUGAGGUCACUCGGUAACUCAGCUGACACUGCAGGAACCAUGGGUUUUGGAAGCCAGAUACAGAGCCACUUCCCUGUUCUCUGUUCCUUAACACGUUACAGUACCUGGGUAUCAAGCAAGCACCACGCGAGGCCCAGGGAGACGUCAGCGACCAAGGCCAUCUCUGCCCUCUGCAAGUUGCGCUCUGGUCUGACCAGAAUCUGAAUCGGGACCGACCUGUUAAGCCAGUAGAAUUGCUUUUCUGGGGAGUGGCAGGUGCCCUUGAGCAUGGAGGGUUGCCAUCUGAGGCUGGAGUCCCCCAGCAUGGUGCCUCAGGACUUGAUGUGGUCACUUUGGUGAUCCUGACUGCCUUUGCCAUUUUAGUUUCGGUGGGAAGAGCAAGGGGCCAGGAGACGUGGGACCCAGUUCUAAAGCUGCCAUUUACUGAGUGACCUUGGCCUAACCUCUUUAGGUUCAUUGUCCCCUAUUUUCUGGUCUUUAAGAUGAGGCGGGGAGAGUUGCACGAACCUCAGAUUAUCCUGCUCUUGCUGCAUUCAUUUGUUGAGGUGGAAGGGCCUGCCAUCCCUAGCAAGGAUUUGGUAACGGUGACUGAGCAGUGGAGGGACGGGAGAAUUGAAAGUCUCUCCUAUCUUGAAAGAAGCUUUCACUGUGGGCUUCAUCACCUUGUCAGAAGUGUUGUGAAUGAAUUUCCACUAGAAACCCCUUGAUCCCAAACAGCAACAAAAAACAUAUCCUAAACCUCAGUGAAACUGAUGUGGGGUUAUCCUUUGGCCAUUGUGCUGCUCCCCACUCAGAAUCCUGACAGUUUUGCAAAGGUGUCUCUCGCUAGGUCAGGGCACAGUGAGUAUCCUUCACUGUGCACCCAGGUUUCAGGCAGCCUUCUCCGCAGGGAGAAAUGAAAGCAGCCACCCUCCACCCCAGUCCUCGGGAACACUCCUGUGGCCUGGGGACAGCCAGCCUCACUUAACUGAGCAAGGGGAAGCCUGCAGGCUAAGGUGUCUUGAGCCAGAGGGCAAGGCAUGAGAACAGCUGGCCUCUCUGCAGGAGCAGUUCGGAAGGGCAGCUGGUAGAGUGAAGAGGGAGUCCGGCAGUUUUUGACUUAAGUUCUGGAUCUUGAAGAGGUUCUUGUGAUUCUGGAUGACCCACAGUCUCCUUGUGGAGGGCCCGGCUUGCAUCCUAAAUCCCAGAUCCCUCCAAGUCUAGCCUGAAAGUAUGCAUGAAGCAAAAUCCACCGUAAGUCAGAAAGGAAAGCAGCCAGGGAUGGGAGCAGCGCUAUACUCUCACAGAUGUCCCGCACGGGAUGAAAGAGGUUAGUUUGAUUUCCACCCCGUCUCCAGGCGCUGCACCUUCUCCUUGUCUCAGCAGGUGCUGCUUCCCUUAUCAUUUUGAGGGCAGCCUUUUCUGAUUUACAGGAUGGAACCCUGGAGUCUGUUUCGCCCUGGUGCCCUCCCGUUAAACGGGUGGUGUUCUGUCGGGAGCCACAAGUCCUGGGCUCCUUCAAAUGGAAUCAGGUGGUCUCUCAGUGUACUUGACCCAUGUACAUAGCAGUGUUGGGCCAUUCGGGUUUGGAGAAAACCACGUUAAAUCCAAGAGCCCAGUUGCACUGAACUGGCUCCGUCACUGCCUCACUCUGCCGUGAGGGUGGUUGUCUCCCCACUGCUGCACGCCCAAGCAGCCCAGCCUCGGAAACCUGGCUUCUCUGCCAACUUAGUGCUGUGUGUCCUGAGUCAGGUCACCACUCUGUGCCCCUACGGGCCCUUCUGCAUGUCGAGUUAAUCCCCUGGAAGGCGUUAGUGAAGCUUCUGACCCCUAAGGAGGUGCUAAUAGAACAUUGAAGUGCACAGACCAAGGGAUGUAAUUGGAAAGGCAUUUAUUUUUGUGAAGAGGCUAUAAAAUUAGCAUUUAAAUAACCCAUCCCCUUCUCCCUGCCUCCCCUUAUCCCCCCAUGAUGCCUCUCCUUUCCUGGAGGCCAGCCUCUUUCUGUAAGUCACUGGCCUCACUCAUCAACUGGGUCCUGACCUUCCACUUCUGUGCUGCUGGAAGAGGAUGGAAAGAUGUGUGGCUCGGCAGACUCCUCAAUCUGGGAGAUGGGGGGGGGGCGGGGCAGAAUCCCAUUUUCUUGCAUCACUGUGAGGGAGCUCCAGGCCCUGUCCCUGGAGGAAUAAUUGCUGCGCAGAAGUCACAGGCCAUACUGGGUGGUUCUGGUACAAGCCUGCCCUUAAAAAUAAUAACAAGAAUGAUAAUAAUAACUCUGUUUGCAUAGAGCUAUCACUCAUUCCUACCAAUCUCCUGUCCCCUGAUCCUGGCUUUUUGCUGUCCCCAACCACUGGCCUUUGCAAGUGUUGGUGGGCCAUGGGUUCUUCUGUUCACUUCUGGGGAUCAUCAGAUGCUUCCCCCUGGGAGUACCCCUAAUUCUGGGGAGAGAGCAGCCAAGUUGCCAAUACAAUCAAAUUCUCGACGCAAUCUUGCUAGCAAUAGUGACCCAGGAGAUCCAGCUGCUGCCUCCAAUUACGCCAGAAUGAGGCCCAGGGCUCCAUGUGGUCCCCUUUUCUACCCCACUGUUCUUGGGAUUACAACCACCGCUUCUGGCUCCAGUACAAUUUUCUCCACCCAAACCCUGAUAAUAAAUGGAUCCAUGAUGAUAAUUAAGAGAAGAGGAAAAAAAAAUAUUAUUUUUGUUAGGACAAACCAUCGUAGAUUUUUAGCAAUGUGUAUCUGUGUGUCCCUCACACUUUUUCCUAUUCUGCCUUUUUUCAUUUUCCUUUUUUUUUAAAUAUUAUGUACUAUAUUUUUAGUCUCAAGCACACUAUAUAUUAUAUAUAUUUAAUUUUUUUAUAUAUAUAAAUAUAAAUGUUUUAAAAAGUA